AUGGCUCUCCAAUUCCGGCCCUCUCAGAUUGGUGGUGAAAAUUUACCACUCCCCUAUACCGCCUCUCCAAUCAGCCUGCUAUGGGAUGACUUCCGUCUCAUCCUUCGCUCCCUUGUGUAUGUCCCUGGGAUUUUCCUCCCGCUGAGACCAUUGCGGUCGAGCGCCCUGGACGAGCUCAGGCUUACGCCUAAGAAUCGUACUAUACUGGUUACCCACGGAGCACUCAUUAUCGGCCAGCUUGGGUUCAUUAUCUCGCUUCCGUUUUGUAUUAUGUUGCCGAUUAUGUCCUUUAUCGUUUAUUUCAUGGGGGUCAUACUGGUAAAUUUUGCGAUCUGCAGCUACCUGAAUGGGUGGAACAGGCUUCUCACCUCCAGGGAAACGGUCAUACCUCCGUCGGCCCCUCAGGAUGAAUACUGGGUCUUUAUUAAUGGGGUGGCUGCUGGGCACCUUUGGCUUCAGGAUAACAUCGACCGACUGGCUCAAGCGUUUGGCCGAAAGGUCGUAGGCGUUCACAAUCCUACCUGGGGAAUCGUGUUUGAUUUGAUCCAGUGUUUGGUCGAGCGCGACUUCACUUAUCCCGUGCAAGAUGUUCGAGAUGCCUACCCAGUGAUCAAACAGGCCCUAUUAGAGGACAAAUAUAAGAAAGUGGUCCUCGUUCUACAUAGCCAAGGAGGCAUCGAGGGUGGGCUAAUUAUCGACUGGCUUCUCGACGAGGUACCGCAGGACCUGCUAGAUCAACUGGAAGUAUACACAUUUGCUAGUGCAGCAAACCACUUCAACAACCCGUACACUCAGGCAUCUCAUCUUAAAUCCGCGCACACCCAAGGAGGGUCAUCCCGGAACAGCAAGGUGAUACGGUACAUCGAACACUAUGCGAAUAGCGACGACUUCGUGAGCCGAUUUGGAGUGCUCAACUUCGCUUAUGUCAGGAACCGGUACAUGGGCCGACUCUUCGUGCAGGAUGCGAGCGGCCACAUGCUCAACCAGCAUUAUCUGGAUACCAUGUUCGCCUCAGAUGCAGAUGGAAGGACGCUAGAUGAAAAUGACUUUAUGGACUCCGAGGUCCGAUUUCCGAUCGAGCAUCUGGGGGAGAGAGGAAACGAGGAGGGAGUUAUAUCCACAAUCCGUUGCAGCCAUGGUAGGUCGGAGGAUGAUAUUCGUGACAACUACGGUUGUGAUAAGCGGCCGAUAAAGGUGAAAGAUCUGAGUCGCUUGUGGUUGUAUAGGAACGGCAUGUCUCCACCAGCAGAGCAAUGA